CACACUUAAUCGUGUCUUGUGAAAAAAUGCAAUUACGCUGCGCUCCGACAAAAGAGACAACAUUUUAGCCGCGUAAACAUUGAAAGCCGAUGGAAAUGGAGAUGGAAUCUGACAACAGUGACGACGAGGGAUCGAUUGGCAAUGGAUUGGACUUGACCGGUAUUCUCUUUGGCAACAUCGACUCCGAGGGCAGAUUGCUGGACGAUGACGGCGAAGGACGCGGGGGCACUGGGUUCGAUGCGGAACUCCGGGAAAACAUUGGAUCCCUGUCCAAAUUGGGCUUGGACUCAAUGCUGCUUGAGGUUAUCGACCGCAAGGAGGCCGAACCAUUGUCCGAAGACGAGGAUGAAGAUAAGUCUGAGGCCAGUGCCAGCGGAGGACUUAGUGUCUUCGACGCCCUCAAGGCCGGCGUAAAAAGUGACGAAAAGGAGGAUGGUGCCGUAAGAGCUCAGGACGAUGCCAUCGACUACUCGGAUAUUACCGAGUUAUCCGAGGAUUGCCCACGCACUCCGCCGGAAGACACAUCCUCCUACGACGACCUAGAGGAUGCCAUUCCCGCCUCUAAAGUGGAGACCAAGUUAACUAAGGACGAUAAAGAACUAAUGCCACCACCAAGUGCUCCCAUGCGAUCGGGCACUGGCAGCGGGACUGAUGAGCCUGGCAAAUCAAAUGAUGCCACGAGUCCCAGUGGCGAUUCCAAGUCCAACGAUGCCAAGGAUGCGGACCGCAAGCUGGACACACCGCUAGCCGACAUACUGCCCUCGAAGUACCAAAAUGUCAAUGUGCGCGAGCUCUUUCCCGACUUCCGCCCUCAAAAGGUGCUGCGCUUCUCGCGUCUGUUUGGACCAGGCAAACCCACUAGUCUGCCCCAGAUCUGGCGACACGUGCGCAAACGUCGCCGAAAGCGCAACCAGUCCAGGGAUCAGAAGCUGACCAAUACCGGUGGCUCUGAUUCGCCGAGCGAUACGGAGGAGCCUCGAAAGCGCGGCUUUAGUCUGCACUACGCCUCGGAGCCAACGCCGGCAGAAUGCAUGUCCGACGACGAGGACAAACUGCUGGGUGACUUCAACAGCGAGGACGUGCGUCCCGAGGGACCGGAAAACGGGGAGAACAGCGACCAGAAACCAAAGGUGGCCGACUGGCGCUAUGGACCGGCUCAGAUUUGGUACGACAUGUUGGAGGUGCCUGACUCCGGCGAAGGAUUCAAUUACGGCUUUAAGACAAAGGCGGCAACUUCCUCCUCCCAGCCGCAGAUCAAGGAGGAGCAUCAUGAAAAUAGUCCUGAGGGAGAGGAAGCGGAGCCAAGUAUUGCGGACGAUGCCUUUCUAAUGGUCUCCCAGCUGCACUGGGAAGACGACGUUGUCUGGGAUGGCAACGACAUCAAGGCCAAGGUGUUGCAGAAACUCAACUCGAAGACAAAUGCGGCUGGAUGGCUGCCCUCCAGUGGAUCACGGACUGCCGGCGCCUUCAGCCAGCCGGGAAAAACCUCCCUGCCAGUGGGCAAUAGCAGUGGUAGCUCCAAGCAGGGCUCGGCUGCAUCUAGCAAGAAGGGCCAGCAAAAUGCUCAAACGAAGCCAGCGGAGGCACCCGAUGACACCUGGUACAGUCUGUUCCCGGUCGAGAACGAGGAGCUAAUAUACCACAAGUGGGAGGACGAGGUAAUCUGGGAUGCGCAGCAAAUGAGUAAGGUUCCCAAGCCAAAGGUACUCACUUUGGACCCUAACGAUGAGAACAUAAUCCUGGGCAUACCCGACGACAUCGAUCCCUCUAAGAUCAACAAGAGCACAGGUCCUCCACCUAAAAUCAAGAUACCUCAUCCGCACGUAAAGAAAUCCAAAAUCUUGCUUGGCAAGGCUGGUGUGAUUAAUGUGCUGGCAGAGGAUACGCCACCGCCGCCACCCAAAAGUCCCGACCGUGACCCCUUCAACAUAUCCAACGACACGUACUACACACCCAAGACAGAACCGACGCUGCGCCUUAAGGUGGGUGGUGGAAAUCUCAUCCAGCACUCGACUCCUGUGGUGGAAUUACGUGCCCCGUUCGUGCCAACGCACAUGGGCCCGAUGAAGCUUCGCUCCUUCCAUCGUCCUCCUCUCAAGAAGUACUCACACGGACCGAUGGCUCAGGUGACGCCACAUCAAGUGUUCCCACUGCUGAAGACCAUCGCGAAAAAGGCCAAGCAGCGGGAGGUGGAGCGUAUCGCCUCUGGCGGCGGAGAUGUCUUUUUCAUGCGCAACCCGGAGGACCUGAGUGGCAGGGAUGGAGAUAUUGUGCUGGCUGAGUUCUGUGAGGAGCACCCUCCGCUUAUGAACCAAGUGGGCAUGUGCUCCAAGAUCAAAAACUACUACAAGCGCAAAGCCGAGAAGGACAGCGGCCCACAGGAUUAUGUCUACGGAGAGGUGGCCUUCGCGCACACCAGUCCAUUUCUGGGCAUCCUACAUCCUGGACAGUGCAUCCAGGCGAUUGAGAACAACAUGUACCGGGCGCCCAUUUAUCCACACAAGAUGGCCCACAACGAUUUCCUCGUGAUUCGCACCCGGAACAGCUACUGGAUCCGAUCGGUAAACUCGAUCUUCACGGUGGGCCAGGAGUGUCCGCUGUACGAGGUUCCGGGUCCGAACUCCAAGCGUGCUAACAACUUCACGCGCGACUUUCUGCAGGUCUUCAUCUACCGCUUGUUCUGGAAGAGUCGCGACAAUCCGCGCCGCAUUCGGAUGGACGACAUAAAGCGGGCUUUUCCCGCCCAUUCCGAGAGCAGCAUCCGCAAGCGGCUGAAGCAGUGCGCCGACUUCAAGCGUACGGGCAUGGACUCCAAUUGGUGGGUGAUCAAACCGGAGUUUCGCCUGCCCUCCGAGGAGGAGAUCCGGGCCAUGGUCUCGCCGGAGCAGUGCUGUGCCUACUUCAGUAUGAUCGCGGCAGAACAGCGCCUCAAGGACGCAGGCUACGGAGAGAAAUUUUUGUUUGCCCCACAAGAGGAUGACGACGAGGAGGCGCAAUUAAAACUUGACGACGAAGUAAAGGUGGCGCCCUGGAAUACAACUCGUGCAUACAUCCAAGCCAUGCGUGGAAAGUGUUUGCUCCAGCUUAGUGGUCCCGCGGAUCCUACUGGCUGUGGAGAGGGAUUCUCUUAUGUUCGCGUACCGAACAAACCCACGCAAACCAAGGAGGAGCAAGAGUCGCAGCCAAAACGGUCGGUCACAGGAACCGAUGCGGAUCUGCGUCGAUUGCCACUCCAGCGUGCAAAAGAGCUUCUGCGCCAGUUCAAGGUGCCCGAGGAAGAGAUCAAGAAACUUUCCCGCUGGGAGGUCAUUGAUGUGGUGCGCACACUGUCCACGGAGAAAGCAAAAGCAGGUGAGGAGGGAAUGGAUAAGUUCUCUCGUGGCAACAGAUUCUCCAUUGCUGAGCACCAGGAGCGUUACAAGGAAGAGUGCCAGCGUAUCUUCGACCUGCAGAACCGAGUGCUCGCCAGCUCGGAAGUGCUAUCCACCGACGAAGCGGAGUCCUCAGCCUCCGAGGAGUCCGACCUCGAAGAACUGGGCAAGAACCUAGAGAACAUGCUGUCCAACAAAAAGACCUCAACGCAGUUGUCGAUGGAACGUGAGGAGCUGGAGCGCCAGGAAUUGCUCCGUCAGCUAGACGAAGAGCACGGCGGACCAAGCGGCAGUGGAGGCGCCAAGGGAGCCAAAGGCAAGGAGGACGCCGGCCAGCAAAUGCUGGCGACCAGUAACCAGGGCAGGAUUCUUCGCAUCACGCGUACCUUCAGAGGCAACGACGGCAAGGAGUAUACCCGCGUGGAGACUGUGCGGCGGCAGCCGGUGAUCGAUGCCUACAUCAAGAUUCGCACCACCAAGGACGAGCAGUUCAUCAAGCAGUUCGCCACGCUAGACGAGCAGCAGAAGGAGGAGAUGAAACGCGAGAAGAGGCGCAUCCAGGAGCAGCUGCGUCGCAUCAAGCGCAACCAGGAGCGCGAACGUCUAGCGCAGCUGGCUCAGAACCAGAAGCUGCAGCCAGGUGGCAUGCCCACAUCGUUGGGCGAUCCCAAGAGCUCGGGCGGCCACUCUCAUAAGGAGCGUGAUAGUGGGUACAAGGAAGUCAGUCCUUCACGCAAAAAGUUCAAGCUCAAGCCGGACCUGAAGCUGAAGUGCGGCGCUUGUGGGCAGGUGGGUCAUAUGCGCACGAACAAGGCCUGUCCGCUGUACACGGGCAUGCAGAGCAGUCUGUCCCAGUCGAAUCCCUCGCUAGCCGAUGAUUUGGACGAGCAGAGCGAAAAGGAGAUGACCAUGGACGACGACGAUCUGGUCAAUGUCGAUGGCACAAAGGUGACACUGAGCAGCAAGGUGCUCAAGCGGCAUGGCGGUGAUGACGGCAAGCGACGCAGUGGCUCCAGCUCGGGUCUUACCUUAAAGGUUCCCCGGGAUGCGAUGGGAAAGAAGAAACGCAGAGUGGGUGGCGACCUCCAUUGCGACUACCUUCAGCGUCACAACAAGACCGCCAAUCGGCGACGCACUGAUCCCGUGGUGGUGUUGUCUUCCAUUCUGGAGCUCAUCCUCAACGAACUGCGCUCCAUGCCGGAUGUCUCGCCUUUCCUGUUCCCUGUGAAUGCGAAGCGGGUGCCCGACUACUACCGCGUGGUGAGCAAGCCCAUGGAUCUGCAGACGAUGAGGGAGUAUAUUCGCCAGAGACGCUAUACAAGUCGGGAGAUGUUCCUAGAAGAUCUAAAGCAAAUCGUAGACAAUUCGCUGAUCUACAAUGGAUCGCAAAGUGCCUACACCGUGGCCGCCCAGCGCAUGUUCUCCAGCUGCUUUGAGUUGCUAGCCGAGCGGGAGGAUAAGCUAAUGCGCCUGGAGAAGGCCAUAAACCCGCUCUUGGACGACGACGACCAAGUGGCGCUCUCCUUUAUUUUCGAAAAGCUGCACACGCAGAUCAAACAGCUAACCGAAAGCUGGCCUUUCCUUAAGCCAGUCAACAAGAAACAGGUGAAAGACUAUUACACGGUCAUAAAGCGACCCAUGGACCUCGAAACCAUCGGCAAAAACAUUGAAGCUCAUCGUUAUCACAGUCGAGCCGAGUAUCUGGGUGACAUUGAAUUGAUUGCCACCAACUGUGAACAGUACAAUGGCAGCGAUACCCGCUACACCAAGUUCGCCAAGAAGAUACUGGAGUACGCGCAAUUCCAGUUGGUAGAGUUUACGGAUCACUGCUCUCAGUUGGAGGAUAACAUAGCUAAGACACAGGAGCGCGCUAGGGAGAAUGCACCCGAGUUAGAUGAAGCCUGGGGCAAUGAUGACUACAACUUUGACCGAGGCAGUCGGGCUAGCUCCCCCGGCGAUGACUACAUCGAUGUGGAGGGCCAUGUGGGACAUGCCUCCUCAUCGAACUCCAUCCAUCGCGGAAUGGGAGCGGAGAUGGGCAUGUCCCAUCCCGCGCCCUCAUCGCGGAAGCCUCCACCUCCUGGACCGGGGGAGGUAAAGCGCGGAAGGGGAAGACCUCGCAAGCAGCGCGAUCCCGUGGAGGAGGUCAAAUCCCAGAAUCCGGUUAAGCGUGGUCGGGGGCGUCCGAGGAAGGACAGCCUUGCCUCAAACAUGAGUCAGACGCAAGCUUACUUCCUGGAUGAAGACCUGCAAUGUUCGACGGACGACGAGGAUGAUGAUGAGGAGGAAGACUUCCAGGAGGUCUCAGAAGACGAGAACAAUGCGGCCAGCAUUUUGGAUCAGGGCGAACGCAUUCAUGCCCCCGCCGAUGGCAUGGAUGGCAUGUUUGAUCCCAAGAACAUUAAGACGGAGAUCGACAUCGAAGCUCAGCAGAUGGCAGAGGAGCCGGUCGGCGAGGAUGACAGCCAGCAAGUGGCAGAAGCAAUGGUGCAGUUGAGUGGCGUGGGCGCUGGCUACUAUGCUCAACAGCAGCAAGAUGAGUCCAUGGAUGUAGACCCCAACUACGACCCGUCCGACUUCCUGGCCAUGCACAAGCAGCGCCAGAAUCUCGGCGAGCCCAGCAGCUUGCAGGGCGCCUUCACCAAUUUCCUCUCCCAUGAUCAGGAUGAUAAUGGGCCAUACAAUCCCCCUGAAGCCAGCACAAGUGCAGCAGCCGCUUCAGCAAUGGGAAUGGGUCUUUCGUCUCACGAGGAUGAUUCGAUGGCUUUGCAAAUGCCACAGGAAAUGCCUACCAAUAACUUGAACAACGGCAUGGGCAUAGUCGAUGACCUGGACAUUUCGGAGAGCGACGAGGAGGACGAUGGUUCCCGGGUGCGGAUUAAGAAGGAGGUCUUCGACGACGGAGACUACGCCUUACAGCACCACCAGCAAAUGGGGCAGCCAUCACAGUCGCAGAUCUACAUGGUGGAUUCGUCCAACGAGCCCACGACCCUCGACUACCAGCCGCCUCCGCACUUGCUGGAAGUGCAGGGGAUGGAACAGAUGCAUCACCAAGUGAUGCAGCAGCAGCCGAUGUCUCAACUGCAACCAGAGCAACUGCAGCAGCCACAGACUCCGCAGGGAGACAAUGAUUACGCCUGGACUUUCUAAUGCUUAAGUUUCAUUUAUAAUUAUUGUUAGUUGUAAGAAGCUAAAAAACAGUUGCAUUAGGCAAAUGCCUCUAUAUAAAAAAUAAUUUUUCUACCGCUUUAAA